GCACACAGACACACACACACACACACACACACACACGCGCGCGCGUGCACGCACGCACGCACGCACACACCCUGCGCGUGGCACAUAGAGAAAAACAGAAAGUCAGGUAGAGCUGCCUGCGGAGUUGUCCCUAACUAUUGUCCAGUCUCCGGGUCCGUCGCCAUGUCUCUGCCCACCGUGUCCCGCCUGUUCAGGAGCGCGCUCAGGACUCAGCUGGUCCCUGUGGCCCAUGUCUCGGCCAAACCUGCCAAGCACCACAUCUCUGCGGGGGAGCAGGUGAUAGCCAUGACUGCCCUGUUCGUGGCCAUCUUGGGUCCCUCCGGCUGGAUCCUGGCUCACCUGGAGGACUACAAGAAGAAGUAGUAGAAGAGGAAGAGGAAGA